UAAAGGAAAUGCAUAAUUCUGAGAAAGCGGGGAAGUUAACUUUUUAAUCAAUGGUAAAAAAAAAAAAUGAAAUAAAUUUUCCCGGGUACUCUCUUUGCAACUUCCUUUUCCGGUUACUCAGCCACACGAUGGUGCAAGGCAAGGAUCGCUACGUGGAAUCUGGGCGUGUAGCCUACAUUGCCUAUGGAGACGAUAAAGGAAAACUUUGUGUUAUUGUUGAUAUGAUUGACCAGAACAGGGUCUUGAUUGAUGGUCCAUGUUCCAAUGUUGCCCGUAAACAGAUGAACUUGAAGGCACUGCAGUUGACACAAUAUAGACUGAAUGUGCCGGCAUCUUGCAGACAGAAGAUAAUCAGGAAAAAUUGGGAAAAGGAAAACAUCACAGAGAAGUGGAAUAACUCUACGUGGGCCAAGAAGAUUGCUUCUAGAGAAAAGAGAGAGACUCUCACAGACUUUGACAGAUUCAAGUUAAUGAAGGCAAAGCAAGCAAGAAACCGCCUUAUUAAUGUGGAGUUUGGCAAGCUGAGGAAAGCAAUGAAGAAGUCUGGUGGCAAAAAGAAAUAAACUGUAUUUUUCCUGAAAAUAAAUAUGUCGUCUAAAGGCA